AUGGCGGACGAGGACGCGCGCGAGGGGGUCUCGGACGAGAGCGCGCGGAAGAACGACGCGAAACGGGCGCUGAAGGAGGCGCAGAAGAGAUCAAAAAAGCGACCGGAUGCUCGAGGGUUGGAACUCAUCGAACUCGGGAUGCGAUCGAUGGGACUCAAGGCGUACGACGAAGCGAGAGCGAUGUUUGAGGAGGCGGAGAGAGUGUGCGCGAACUCGGACGCGCGCGCUGAGAAGGCGCCGAAGGAGACGAGGGAGGGUGGGAAGGCGAAGGGUGAAAAGGGCGGAAAGGGCGACGCGGGAAAGGAGGAGACGCGAGACGCGCUGGACGCGACGCAUCUCCCGGAACCGGGAUCCGAGGGGCACAUCACGGCGAAAAUGAAGGAGAAUUUGCCUCCGGGGUCGAAGAACUACGCGGUGAACUCGGUGAAAGCGAUGACGGAUCACUUGAAGGCGACGGAAGGACGCUGGCGGACGCGGUUUCCGCCAGAGCCGAAUGGAUAUCUGCACAUCGGUCACGCCAAGGCGAUGUACUUCGAUUUCGGCGUCGCGAAACGACACGGAGGGACGACGAUUCUGCGCUUUGAUGACACGAAUCCGGCGGCAGAAAAGCAAGAGUACAUCGAUAGCAUCAUCAGUUCGGUGAAGUGGUUGGGACACGAACCUGUGGAGACGACGUACUCGAGCGAUUAUUUCGACAAGCUGUACGAUUUCGCGGUGGAGCUCAUCAAGAACGGGAAGGCAUACGUUUGCUUUCAGCAGAAGGAAGAGGUAGGCGCUUCGCGCAAGAUUAUUCAAUCGUUCCAAAGGAUGUGUGCUGAGGGCAAUUUGCCUCGAUACGAGACGCCUCUUCCCAAGGGAGCAGAGAGUCCGUGGAGAGAGACCAGCCCGGAGGAGAACUUAGCGCUGUUCGAGAAGAUGAAAAAUAGAGAGUUCAAGGAGGGUGAGUGUUGCUUGCGCAUGAAGGGUGAUUUGCGAAGCGAUAUCCCGAGUAUGUGGGAUCUCGCGGCGUAUCGCAUCAAGUACGAGACGCAUCCGCACUCGGGCGAUAAGUGGUGCAUCUAUCCGACGUACGAUUAUACGCAUUGUCUUGUGGACAGUUUGGAAAACAUAACCCACUCGCUGUGUACACUUGAGUUCGAAACGCGGCAAGCGCCGAACGGGUCGUAUUACUGGCUCUUGGAUGCGCUCGAUGCGUACAAGCCCGUUACGUGGGAGUUCUCUCGAUGCAACAUCACGUACAACGUGAUGAGCAAGCGUAAGCUGAACACCCUCGUCACCAAGGGUUACGUCAACGGAUGGGACGAUCCUCGUCUGCUCACGCUUGAGGGUCUUCGGCGACGAGGCUACACAGCGCGCGCGGUUAAUAGAUUCUGCUCCAUUCUCGGUGUGACGCGUAACGACAACACUCAGCCCUUGGGCAAACUCGAGGAGGUAAUGCGGGACGAGAUGAAGGACACGGCGUCGAGGUACUUCGCGGUACUGGAUCCGGUAGAGGUGAACAUCACGAACCAUCCGGGUGGAGAGAUCAUAUGCGAGGCACCGGUGCAUCCCUCGUUCCCGGAACGCGGUAUGCGCCGAAUCAAUUUGACGCCGACAAUUUUCAUCGAGCAGUCGGACUUCAAGACCGAAGAUGUGGACGGAUAUUUCGGAUUGGCUCCGGGUAAGAAGAUUCGAUUGCAGUUCGGAUACGACAUAACGUGCACCGGUUUCGAGACGAACGAGGAUGGAUCCGUCAAGAAGAUUGAUGUUACUAUUGACAUGGAGUCACGUGCGCAAAAGCCACCCAAGGGUAUCCUUCACUGGGCGACGACGGAUUUCGUCAAGGGUGAGUGUAGAUUGUACGACAAACUCUUCUCGGUGGAGAUCCCGGGCAAGGCUGAAGCGUCUGCGGGCGCCGAGGAGUUGGAAAACGCUCCUACGGUUGAGGACGAUGAUGACGAGGAAGAGGAAGCGGGCGUGGGCUCAGUCGACUGGUUGUCGCAACUCAAUCCGAAUUCGCUCAUCAUUCAUAAGAACGCGCUUCUCGAGCCAUCGCUCGUGCAAUUUGCGGCUAAACCGCUCGAAACGCAAGUUCAAUUGCAGCGUCUCGGCUUCUUCACUUUCGAUAAGGACAGCACGGCUGCGGCACCGGUGAUGAACCGAAUCGUCACUCUCAAGGAGUCGGCGCUGAAGAAGCAAAUCAAGUGA